CGCUGUUUUUUCUUUCCAUAACUGUGGUUAAAUUGUCAACCAUCAGGCGAAUAGAGGCUCACUGUUCUCUCUAAGUUAUCUGUGGUUUUCAAGCCGCUGGAUUCAUCAUCACGGGAUGAGCCUGCAGUAAAAGACCAUUAUGUCAAGCUCCUCUGACACCCUGCAGUUUCGUUUCCCCACCCAUGGUGACUCCAUCCUCAGAAAACUUAACACUCUAAGAGAGGAGCACCUCUUCUGCGACAUCACACUCCUCCUCGGGGGUCACCAUGGCACCACUGGCCAGCCUCUCCGCUUCCAUGGUCACAGAGCGGUGCUCGCAGCGUCUUCAGACUUCUUACGUGAUCAAUUCCUGCUCCACGAAGGCCGGGCCGAGCUCAGCGUGGGUGUAGCGUCCAGUAUGGAGAUUGGCAAGAGACUUCUCCUGUCCUGCUACACCGGGCUCUUAGAGGUCCCCCUGAGAGAGCUGGUGGGCUUCCUGACUGCAGCCAGCGCGCUCCAGAUGAGUCAUGUGGUGGAGAAGUGUGCCCAGGCCAUUUCCCAGUACCUCAGCCCCACACUGGCUUUCUUGAAACUGGAGAGACACUCAAAAGAAAAGGAAAUCCAGGAGCCAAACAGCAACUGGCCACGUACCAGCUUUGAAAAUCAUGAGGAAAAGGAUGCAGCCCACCCCAGCACAAGGUUCCAGCAAGGAAGUACAGAGGAAGGAGGUGCGGUUGUGAUUCAGUCCAAGUCGGGGUACGGCCAAGGAGCCGAAGUGGACGGACAAGGGUCCAGAGAGGUAGCAGAUGAUAGGAAGGUGGCCAUAGCUAGAGUAGAGUUAUCUGAAGGCGCGGCUUGUUGUCUUGAUACCCUGGAGUCAGAGCAACAUGAAGACAUCAGGCCCCUUCACACAAACAAGCCGUCCUAUCAAAUUCACCACAUUACAGGUGCCCUAACAUGUAAGCUGCACCCUUCUAUCCAGGAUCACAUAUCAUCCACAACCAGAGGAAGCUCUGCUCAACACAAUGAUUUGAUAGAGUCUUCCCAGAGCCAAGAAAAAGAAGCAGAGGAAGAGGAAAAGGAAGAGGAAGAAAUAUUCUUGCUGGCAGCUCAACUGCAAGAAUGUGGCCAGCUAAUGGACUCCAACCUGUUUCACGUCUCUGAGGCACAUCUGCCAAACAGCCACUGUCCUGGAGAAGAGCUGAUGGCAGAGCCACACAUAUCGAUGCAGAGGCCGUACCUGUGCAGGAGGUGUGACAGAGUCUUCCAGCACCUGGAGAGCUAUGUGGGCCACCUGAAGGAGCACAGACAGUACUUGUGUUUGGUCUGCGGGAAAGGCUUCUCCCAGAGGAGUAACCUGACCCAUCACAUACGCAUCCACACUGGGGUCAAGCCUUUUCGGUGCCCGCUGUGCCACAAGACAUUUUCCCAGAAAGCCAAGCUACAAGACCAUCUCAAUCUGCACACAGGGGAUAAGCCUUAUGAGUGUAAAUACUGUGCUGUGCACUUUGCACAUAAGCCAGGCCUCAGGCUCCACCUAAAGGACAUACAUGGUAAGGGUAGUCUGCAGAACAUGUUUGAGGAGUCUGUGGACUGA